GCGUGUAUGUGUGUGUGUUCAAGCCGAGCAGCCCUGUUAGUUAAACUGAUUACUACUUAGCUGAGCUGCAGUGUGAUUUAAAAACAAUAACAUGCCUGCCAACAGUUCAACCAGUGCUCUGUCCAGGCUGUCAGCCACCAUCAAUGCUCACUGAGUGGAGGGAUGAAGAGCAGAAAACAGAGGUCCGUCAAAGCUGGAGGAGGCAGCAAAAAGAAAGUCCCCAGUGAUGUGUCCCCCUCCACCAGCCUGCCUCCUCUGGUUGAGGGUCAGCUAAGAUGCUUCCUUCGGGUGACGAUAAGCCGUGUGUUAUGGACAGUUCACAAGCCUCCAUCUGCAACAUUUGUCAGGCUGCGAUGGUGGGGGGAAUCGUCCAACGGUACACAGUUCUUUCCAAGAGAUGGAUCGCAGCUGUCACAAAAGACCAUUAAGACCACAGCACGCUUCCCAAUCCGCUGUGGUCCAAAGCAGUUCACCUCAUACCUUACAGAUAUGGGCUCUGUAGUGUUGGAAGUUAUGACAAAACCGGAUAAUUUGCCAGUUGCACGGACUCAGGUUGCUGGCAUCUCCCGCCUCUCUCUGUCAUGUCCCAUCAGUGGAUUUUACACCCUCGUAUCUCCAACAUCUGAAAAGCUGGGAGAGUUACAGGUUUCUCUUAAUUUGGAGCCUCUGACUGAAGCCUAUGACAGCAGCAGCUCAGGCCCCGCCACAGAUGUCAGCACUGAAGGACCACAAGCCAAGACGCUGAUUGUGCCCUCGAGGCCCAGGUCGCUCUCGGCCGGCAGCGGGAAAGAAUCAGUAGGAGGCAGUGGUGGAAACACACCAAGAGGGAAAGACCACUUAUAUUUUGCCCAGAAAGAUAAAAGCAAAUAUGAGUCACUGGAGAAUCAGGUGCCAACAACAAACAGAUCUCAGAACAGUCAAACAGCUGUGAGCCCUUCAUGUCAGGAAGCUUGUGGCCAAUCAACCAAUGAUAUCCUCUCAGUUAUUCUGGCGCGUGGGAACAAACUCAGAAAUGCUAUGGUGGUGUCAGCUAUGAAAUGUGAUAUGGAUUCUGCCCCAACUCUGAAAGACACUCCUCUUCCUCUCCCAAAAGAUAACAUCCUACCACCUUCCAAGCCAUUUCCUUUUCCCUCUGGGAUGUUUCUUAAAAAUAUUCUGCAUGCUGAUUCAACUCUCAAGGCCUCUGAUGAUGUUGCUGAAGUCCCGGAUUGCAGUCUGGACUCUCCUGUCGAUGUGGACAACAGAGCUGUCGAUCUUCUCCUCGGCAGCUUAAAUACAUCUCCUCUACCUCUCUGGGAUGAUGAAGGCUCCUUUCCUAUAUCUCUCUCUGGGCAUAGCAGUGUGUGUGGGGAUAGUGAACUCAAUGACCCACAAUAUGAUCAGAGCUUACUGGAAAACCUGUUCUACAAAACUCCUAUGUCAGACAUCAGACCAGAUGACACUGAUGUGGAUGUUGAGGCAACAGUAUCCUCGAGUAAAAGUCAGCCAAAACACGGCUCCCUGGGAGCUGAGGAACGGCUAACUCUGUCUGGACCAAAGAUUAAUGAAAACCCAAAUUCAGACCCUCAGCGGUCUACAGAUGAUGGUGGGGUUCCUUCUGGCCUGAGUUUGGAGCGGCUGAGUUUGAUCCGACUGGCAAAAGUGACCAUUGACUCCCUGACUGUACCUGCAGGCAGCACAAUCACCACUCCCAGAAAGACCUCUAGUAAAGGGAAACCUCCUCAACCAUUAACCGGCAAGAAGUGCACAUUUUUUGUUGAGUACGUGUUCCCGACAGCUUCCACGUCCAGUCGACAUGAUCACAGUAAGGCUGCAGAUCGAGAUGUGACCAGAGCCGUUUCCAGUAAAGUUUCAGGAGGAAGGGUGAAGUUUGAUCAGCACUCAGUGUUUCCUGUCCAAUUGAGUACAACAGCAGUUAAACAGUGGUGGGGAACUGACCUCCUUUUCAAGAUUCACUCAAGAAAGAGCCACCAAAAGAAGCCUGUCCUCAUUGGUAAAGCAGUUCACCCACUGCGCUGUCUGCUGCAGAGCAAGGAGCUGAGUCAGUCUGUUGUUUUACCAGUACAGAGCGUUGAUGGGAACUGUGAAACACAUGAAAUCGGACCUCUUAAGGUGUCACUACAACUUGUGACUACUACAAACAACAAAGACUUCUCUGAAAAAAGGAAAUGUAAACUGGCUUGGAGUGAUAUACCACCUUCACACCCCGUACCCAGUCCUGAGAGAGAGCCCAGCCCCAGAUCUCAUCAUGUUGACACUACCACAGAGGAAUUACCGGCUUUUGUAGAAUCCAGAUUGAAUGUUUCCAGUCCUCAGAAACCCUUAAAAUCAGCCUCUCCUCAUCCUGGCUUCCACACAUUUCCUCAUAAAUCAUGGCAGCAGGUGGAAGAGGACUCUGAGGUGCUGUUGCAUACCUUACUCAUGGUGCCAGAUGGAAAGAACUUCAACUGUGGGCCUAUGCAGGCUCCAAACGUGUACUUGAAUUGUAAGCUCUUUUGGUGCGAUGAGACGGCGAGAUCUGUUGUCAGCUGGGGUCAGGCAAACCCUUCCUUCAACUUUGUUCAGGUGACUCCUGUGGCAUUAACAGUAAAGCUGUUGGAGAGGAUGAAGAAUAAUAUGAUGGUGAUCGAGGUGUGGCAGAAGAUGGGGAGUUCAGGGCAGGAUUGCCUCCUUGGCCUUGUCAAAUUACCUCUCCACCAGUUCUACAUGUCCUUUAGAGAUCCAAAGAUUGCUCACCUUCUUCUUCAGGCACAGUACCCCGUUUUAGGGGUGGACUGCUACAUGCCCGUUAUUGAUGUCUUCUCAGGCAGUUGCAAAGGAAACCUCAGGGUUGUUUUGGCUAUGGGUCGAUCAGAGCAGAUAAUCGCCCUACAGCGUACGAGAGAUGAAGAAUAUGACUCUUUUUCUCCAUUGAUGAGACCAGUUCAUCUGCUUGAUCACCAGCCACACGUGCACACAAAGGUGAGUGCAGCACAAGAGCAAACUAUGAGAGAGCAUUUGUUUGUGAUAAGGGUGGAGAAGGUCACUGGCUUGACACCACUGCAAUCUACAGUAUGGGGCGAGGCUGACUGCUAUGUGCAGUACAGUUUCCCCUGUCAGGAAAGUGAUCCUGCUACACAAGUGGACCCAAACCUCAUAGAGAGCAGUGUGAACCUGAAGCCUUUUCGCACCACUACCACUCUCUGUGUGCCUGACCCACUGUUCAGCCAUACAGAGACUCAUGUGCUUUUGUCUCCUGAGGGAGUUCCUGUCCAGAGGCUGCUGCUCAGCUCUCUUUCCAGUCAAGGCCUGAGCACUGGAGGGGGUAUCCAGUUUGAAGUGUGGUGCAGAUAUUAUUAUCCAAAUGUCCGAGAUCAGCUCGUGGCCAAAGGAAUACUUCCAAUAUCCAAGCUAUGUGCCAUGGUCACCAUGCAGAGGCAGCAUCCUGAUGAAGCUCAAAUGUUUUCCCUGCCACUGAUUCCCAGGACCGACAGUCCCACAGGGCAUCACCCUCAACCAUCAGGCCUGCUAGAUGUGUGUGUCCGGUACAAGCAUCGGCCUGUGAGACCUGAAGGACAGGCUGGCAGAGGAGCUGCCUCUCGUGUAGUGACUCUAGUGGUUGAAGUACACAGAGCGUCUGGUCUGCAGGCUGCAGCAAGGCUGUUAUCAGAACAAAAUGAAAGGUUCAGCUACUUUGCUACUGUGGGAGUGAACACAUUUGUAACAGUGCAGCUCUCCUUCUUGCCUGAGAGCGAGACGAGGUGCACCCGCAUAGCUGCCAGGACCUUCUGCCCAGAGUUCGACCACCACAUGGAGAUGUCCUGUGAUCUGCUGCUUCAGAGGAGCAGCGGAGAAACCUGCAGUCUGGCAGAACAGCUGGAGGAAGCUUCUGCUGUCUUCACUGUCUGGAACAGAGACAAUCGCAAAGCAAUGGAAACUUCCAAGCCUAAGGAUGUGGUGUUAGGCACAGUAAAAAUACCACUGGCUGAUCUCAUUCUUAAAAGAACAGGUAUUUCUGGCUGGUUUGGAGUUUAUGUAUCGCAGGAAACAAGUUCUUCUCAGGACCAGCACAUCUUGGUCGGGGGCCUUGAGAUCUCUCUCAGCUUCGCCCACCACUCAGACAGGGAGCGAGUUAUUAGAGCUGCUCAGAGCGUAGGCUGGGAAAUGGCCCAGAUUGACUGUGAAAGGCACGAUGAUGAAGAUGCCUGGGAAGAGAGCAUGAAGAAAAUGUCUCUGACCUUAUCAAUGCCAAGAGUGUGGCUACCAGUCCACUGCUUGCUUCUUCCAGGACACAGUGAGCUGCAACGCUUCACCUACUGCUACUUCAGGUACAAAUUCUAUGACCAGGAUGCCUUUUGCUCUCAGAUGAAACACCCCUCUGUCAUUGAGGGCAGGGAGGAAGGCCAAGCCACAGUAAGUUUUGAAGGAAGUAGGACUGUUGAGCUGAGGAGCACCCGACCUUUGAUGUGGUACCUUCGAGAGGAAAGGCUGGAGGUUCAGGUGUGGGUUACCUUUACAAAAGACAAAACUCAGAGGCCCCGCGACACGGACCGCCUGGUGGGAUCAGCAUUUAUCGAGCUGUCCUUGCUAGCAAAGACAGCCAAGCAGAAGCUGACUCUCAGUGGUGUCUACCCGCUGUUCAGACGCUCAGCAGCAGACCUGCAGGGGGCUGCUCUCAGGGUGCACAUCACCCUGACCGCUGGUUGUGACCCUAGAAAGACAUCUGCUGAAGCUGACAAGCAGGUGGACUCUGACAGCCAGGGGGAGGUGGAAGAAGAGAUGGAGGCAGCAGAUGGUGCCUCCUUGUUUACCACACCUAAACAACCCUGUGCACAAAGCAAACAUCAACAUAAAUCAUCAAGAACAACUCCAGACAUCACAUCUUUGGGGCACACAGAAAUGAGUGUGGAUGAAUCCUUCCCUGUGACGGUUGCAGUGGACAGGGCCAUGCACCUGAAUCUGAAAGGCUGUCCACUAGCUGAGCGCAGUGAUGGGACACCAUGCUGCUGUGUUUCAUACGUUACUGCUGACACUGAUGAACCAGUGUCCACAGCUUUAAUACCCAACACUGACUCCCCUGUGUGGGAUCAUCAGCAUGAGUGCAGGCUUUCAAAGCAGCUGCUGGUUGAUCCACAACAGUACCUCGUGUUCAAAGUCUGGCACAAAGGAGAAAUGGAAAGGGUACUUGGUUUUGCCUCUGUAGACCUGUCCCCCUUACUGUGUGGAUUCCUGUCAGUGUGUGGUUGGUACAAUAUCACAGACUUGAGUGGACAGUGUCACGGUCAGCUCAAAGUGUCCAUCACUCCACUAAGGGGCGUCCAGGACCUCCGUGGGCAGAGAAAAACUGUGAAUGAAGAAGCUGCGAAAAACUCAUCGGCUUUAUUCCAGGCCUUCCCUCUCAGCUACCACACCACAGCUACAUACAGCAGCUUCCCGUCUCACAUCAGCCGAUACACCGAGCAGAAGAUUUCGUCCCCUGACCACAUGGAUAGGCUGUUCUCUGAGAAUUAUCCCAGGUCCAGUGAGGGUGACCGUCAUCAUGAGCACAUGGAUAAAGUGCGUCUUUACCAUCAGAGUCUGCAGGAGCAAACAGCAUCUAACUCUGCCUGUAGCAGCAGUGCUGUCGACAUCACUCCCUCCAGCUCAGUCCUGUUUUCAGCACUCAGGAAAAAGCUGAGCGAGCUUGACAAUAUCCAGAGAUAUUUCAGCCGUAAGAUUUCAACUCCCACGUUCCCGUCUGUGAGUGAGCAGGCCUUUCAGACCAAGCCAGAGGAACAGAGGGAGUCGGAGACAGACACAUCUCAGCUUCUUCGCAAGUCCAGCCUGUUAGUUGGAGAAGUCAACAGUAUCAUUAAUGGUAUACGAGGUCAAAAUCUGGAAACGACUGCUUCCAACCCUCAGAGCAGCUCAACAGUUUCCCCUGUUAGACACAACGACUUCCACGUUAUCCCUGAGAGCAUCUCCAGUCCACGCAGAGCUUCAAAUUCAUCUCAGGAAGACAUUUCUCAGCCCCUGUCACCCCGUCCAAAACUGUCUGAGGAGCAUACAGACUCUGAGGCCGAGGAAGAAAAAGACAGCCAACACUGCCCAGCCACGGUGUUAGAUGAUGAAAAUGGAGAAGGACUAGAUGAUGAUGAAGAUGGAUCAGACUGCAGGAGAGAUGAUGAUGAUGAUGAUGAUGAUGAGGAGGAGGAGGAGGAAGAAGAGGAAGAUUAUGAGGAGGUUGUGGUGAAGCCGAGACAUUUAAAUGAGGUGACCUCUCUAACGGACAAAACCAGUCCUUGGACCAGCAUCAUAUCGGACCCUGACCUGGUUUCUCUGGUGAGCAUGGAGGUACCGGAAGAGCUGGAUCUGAGUCAAGAUGAGGAAGACAAGAGUCAUUUAACAUCGCAGAAUGUAAAUCUGCACGCUCAGUGCUCCAGCAGGAAGCAGGAAGAUGAACACUGUCAAACUGACAGUUUUAACGGAUCAGCAGGUGAUGCUUCAGACGCAGAGAGAGAUGUUGAUGAGACUCCAAACAUGUGGUCAGGUGAUGCAGCACCCACACGAGAGCACGGCCCGUUCUCCCAGGAUGCUUCAUGUUCCCUGGGCAAUCAAGACACAAGCCUCCAACCCUCGGUUCCUGUGGAGGUUCCUAAUUUCUUCCUUCCCUCCCACCAACUGGAGGCAUCUAUGAGAGCCAUACGUUUAGCUCCGUCUUUCUCUCAGUCCUCCAGUGACUCUGGGCUGAACACUCCAGUUCACAGCAUUCCUCGCAGAGGUCCUCGGCAGUGUCCCAACAUGUCACCAACGUACAUGAAGAAAGAGACUGAAAGGAUAGCAAAAAUAUUUGCAGCUCAGUUUGAUGAAGAUCACUAGUAUGUGGUAGUUUUGGCAAUUAUAAGCAGUACAUUAACAUUUAAAUGCUUUAUAACACACUAUAACGUAGCUAUAAGCAGAUAUAAGGACAUUUAAGUGUGAAUUAAUGUACAGUAUAUGUCAACACUCAUAACUUCCAUGAAGACACAUAUUAAUAGCAUUGUCACUCAGUUUAUUUUAAUACAACAGCCUAUAGUUGUUGACAAAUACAUAAAUACACGUAUAUCUGCUAACAACUACAUUAUAUUGUUUUAUUAACUAUUAACUGUUCAUAUACUGUUUAUUAGUGCUAAAUAAGGGACAUAAAGAAAAGUGUAAAUUAUAAUUCUGCCUACUGUUUUCAGGCCAUUAGAAGAUCAUGUAAAUUAAGUGUAACAUUUUGUAUUAAAUAUUUGCUAUGUUUU